UGGCCCAUCUCCGAAAUAUGCUGGAAAUGCGAAUGGAAUCUGUCCCGCCGUCGACCCUCUCAACGACCGAAUGGCCGCAGCAAUGGCUCCAACGCAACCAGAGCCCGACGACCGUUCCACGCCACUCACUUUCGACCCCGUCCUGACACUUCCGCUACCCAGCCAUCUCCCGAAGCGCUCAAUCCCGCCAUCCUCGACACAUCUCGUCCAAUCCGCGAGCGGUUGAAGCUCUGGCAGGAUACCCAGGGCAUUCUAAAGCAGGAUCUCGACGACGCCUCUACGCUCCGCGCGAGAGACUGGUAUCAAAACCUGGUCGCCGAGACACGGAAUGCGAUAACUAAGGUGCGUUCGGACCAGGCUUCUGAAGAGACAGAUCCACGCGAAAAGGAGGAUGAAGACAUCUACAGUCUGGAUGACGUCGUGACCAUGGCAGUCUUUCUCAAACCUGGCGAUGUCGUCGAACUAUGUCGGCAUAGUACCGAGCAGACUAUCGCCGUAUUCGUUCAGCACGUUGGCAAAGACUGUCACUUCGUUUCUGUCAAUGGCCGUCCAUCUAUCGCAGGGCUGAAGAACGUUCCUUUUGUAAUUCGAAAUGGUAUUGACCCGGCUCUUGUCAAGCCCCUUGUCGCGUAUUUCCCCGCCCAGGAGAAUUCCGAUCUGUCACAAAUGCAGCGCAUCCCUCGUGCGCUCGUGUCACCAGUCGUGGAGAAACUGGAAAUGCUGCAAAAGGAUUCAGAAAAGAUAUACCGGGAUCAUGCUGCGGUCCUGGACAGUGCCUAUUCCGUCUUAGCGGACCAGACGAAAAUGCGCAUGAUGACGGCUGUGCAAAUCGCAAAGACUCUUCUCAAGCCGGACGAGCCUUCCUGGAUACCUGAUCAUGCCUCACUUCUUGCCGUACGAAAGGCCCUGAGCCACGAUAUGUACCGCUUCAACCGCGACCCACGCAGUCAACGACUCACGAACGUGUACGCUAUUCGGCCCAAGGACGACGUUGAGACGGUAGAAGUGGUGCGUCGAUGGGUGCGUGAAUUCGAAGAAUAUCGUGCUCUCCGCCAAAGUCAGACAGGUAACAGCAAGAAGAAGGGUCAUCACAUGGAGGCAGGGGCUCUCUACAUCACCAAGUUCAUCGACAAGGCGCGGCGAUUGGUUGCUAUUAGCAGGAAAUACCGUGACUACUCUACGGGUACUCUUGGUCCCACCAAAACCCGCUCGCGGAACACAGAUAAAUCUCUCGGGCUUCGAACCGAGUGGGGAGAGACAUUUGACGAAAACGACCAGAAAAUCCUUUACUUCUUGCAGUCGUUCGCAUUGAGUGGCCAAUUCCAAGACGACUAUGGUCUUACUUCCGCAUGCACCACCAUUCUGCAUGCCGUGGGUUGCUAUGACGAUCUGAAAUACCACUACCCCGAUUCUGGCGAGAGAGCUGCUUCCAUGGGCAGGGCCGCGGGAAGCUUACUCCUCCAGGAGAUCGGGGUCUUGUCCCCUUUCGAUACAGCGGACAUAUACGACGAACAACUGAUGCUUCCUACCGUCCGAACGUCCCGAAACAUGGAGAUUCUAAGCAAAAGGGCGGAGCUCAUGCGUCACAGCCCUGACUUUAGGGAUGCCAUGGAGGGGAUACGAACGGAUUGGGGUUCAUUGCCCGUCUACUGUAUUGACGACGCGGACGCCAAGGAGAUUGACGACGGCCUCUCUGUGUGCAAGGUCCCAGAGAGCCCCGGUCAAUACUGGAUCCAUGUGCACAUUGCAAAUCCGACCGCCUUCUUUGACAAGACGCACGUGCUUUCUGGGAUGGCUGCGCACUCGACCGAGUCUCUGUAUGUGCCUGAAAGGACCUAUCCCAUGCUUCCCUCGUGGGUCACGCAGAAUUACUUCAGCCUGGGUCCCAACCGACCUGUCCUUACCUUCAGCACCCGCGUCGAUUCCUCUGGCGUUGUCCUAGAAAGGAAAAUACAGUCGGGUAUAGUGAGAAAUGUCACGAGGCUGACUUAUCAGGACCUAUCGACGAUUUUCGGCGAGGCUCCAGCUCGGACUGUUGGGUUUACUGUCGGUGGACGACCACCCACGGUCAAGAAGCGUAAGCCUCCGAGUCUAACGCCUGACCAGCUCCAAGAUUUGAGAGAGUUGUACAAUGUAGCCGGGGUUAUGUUCGAGCGUCGCAAAUCGGUAGUGGGGUUCAAGCUUGGGGCGGCUUUUGAGACCGGGAGAGCACGAGUCUUCGAGAAACCCGGCCAAACUGGAAUCACCUGGAUGCCUCCAUCAACCGAUCGAGCCCGCUUUGUUCUCGGUGAUCCCGUCAUUGAGUAUUCAAGCGACGCCUCGGGUGCCAUUGUUGAAGAAAAGUUCAAUUCGCAAUAUAUCGUCAUGGAGUUGAUGUUGCUUGCCUGCGCGACAGCAGGAGCGUGGUGCUCUGAACGCAACAUCCCGGCCAUGUACAGGGGCACUAUCGACUCUCCUGCCGCUGCCGUGGAUAUGACGUUUCUGAAGGAGAAGAUCCUGCAACCCUACUAUGAGAAACACGGCCAGCUGUCGCGGCCUCUGGCGGCGCUGCUCCUGCAGUCCCAGGGGCGCUCCAUCGCGCAAUCGACUUCUGUGCCACACAGAGCGUUGGGCUUCGACAGCUACCUCAAGGUCACGAGCCCGCUCCGACGAUUCAGCGACAUGGUGGCACAUUGGCAGAUUGAGGCGGCCGUGCGGUAUGAACACCAGACGGGCCGCAAAUUCCAGCUGACGGACAACAUGCUGGCGACUCCGGGCAUCGCGAGCACCGAGAAGGUCCUCCCCUUUUCGCGCACCCAGAUCCAGGAAUCCAUCAUCACGCUCGCGGCGAGGGAGCGGCUCAUCGCCUCGAUCAAGAUGCACGCCAACAUGUGGUGGACCGUCGCCGCCUUCACUCGGGCACACUACUACAAGGAAGCGGCGCUCCCCGCGACGUUCCGUGUCUGGGUCGGCUCCUCGGAGCCCCGGUUCUGCUAUGCGCGGGCGGGCAUCGUGGAUUACGGGGCCCGGGUCAAGUUGGUUAUGAAAGCGCCGUUCGAGUUCCAGUUUGGGGAUGAGUGGGAGGCGAGGAUCUUGGCGAUUAAUAGUGUGGGCAAGGAGAUUUUGAUGGAGCCGGUUCGGUUGCUGAGGAGGGAUGAGGAGACGGUCAAGUGGGCGGAGAGGUUUAUGGAGAGGGUUGGAGGAUGAGGUGAGGUGAGGCUGGACGGCAUGUAUGUAUGAUUAGGGUGUGUGGUUCUCUAGAGAAAUGGGUCUAUAGAAUUACGGAUCGCUUAGACAACAAGAGCAGGUGUGUUAGAGGC